GAACAGAAGGUAGAAAAGGUAGGAACCGUAGAUUGCCGUAGAACAAGCAUCACAAGUCUGUCUACGAGAUCUUGGUGGUUCGACGUUCGACUCGUCUGAAUCAUGAAAUCCUCAAUUUUAAUUUCAUUUGUGCUCGUCGUUUUCGGUGUUAUAAUUGGUACAACUUUUGCUGAAAGCGAUGAAGAUCAAUCGACCGAUCUUUAUAUUAUUGAGGGCAAAGUUUUUCCAUGGGAAAACUCCAAUUCAAACGGAUGGCAACUCAUGACUCAUGUCAUGGCUAACGGCGGAGAACAUUAUGGUUUCUUGAGAGAGGAUGGAACGUUUGUAAUUCCAAAUGUGCCGUCCGGAUCAUACGUCGUGGAGGUUGUCAAUCCAAAUUACGUUUACGAGCCUGUGAGAGUAGAAAUAAACUCGAAAGGAAAAUUGAGAGCAAGAAAAGUGAAUUUCAUUCAGACUUCUCAGGUUAUCCAGGUUCCUUAUCCGUUGAAGCUGAGACCAUUUACGCCUUUCCGUUACUUCCAAGUCAGAGAGCAAUGGAGAGUUACAGAUUUCCUGUUCAAUCCAAUGGUACUCAUGAUGAUUCUACCGUUGCUUUUGAUCGGAGUACUGCCAAAAAUGAUGAACGAUCCAGAAACAAAAAAGGGCAUGGAGCAGUUAAACAAUCUUACGAGUUACAACAGCAUGCCCGAAAUGUCCGAGGUCAUAACGAAUCUUUUUGCCGGUGGGGAGAAGCAGAAACCAAAGGCUGUGAAAGCUGCAAAGAAGCGGCAAUAGCUAUUGUAAAAUGGGAGCAGUCAAAGUAUAAACCGGUUAGUCGCUUGUGUGCGCGAAACAGAUGCCAUUACGAGCCAUAAUUCUCAAUAUCUCCAGCAAGAACCUGUCUCCAUGCUUUUUCAUCUUCCAUCUCGUUUUUUCUCAUCGUAACUAUUACGCACUCUUGGCAUGGCACUAAAUACGUGUUUCCUGGUGUGUCGCUACACAAGCGGGCUUUGUGCCUGCGUGUGAGAAUAAGUUGGAAAAAAAUGGGUGAAGAUGGCGAUCGGACGGAUCGGUAUGAUUCAGCGGUGGACGAUGCACGCCCAACGCGAGCGAUCUAUGGGCUCUCUCCUCGGAUUUCCAGGAAUCUUGCGACCUCCCGACCAAUCGAAUCGAUGUAUAAGCGCUCUCCAUUCACCCACCAUGCCUGAUGCAUGACGAAACAUGCGUAUUGCCCCUCGUCGAGAUCCCUCGCGUGUAUUUGGGAGUAACGGCGCGCCGGUCAUUCGGAUUGCGGGGUAAUGCGGAUCAUGACCAAAGAAAUUUAUGGAAAUUUUCAAUUCGCAGUUUUGACACGAUUAUACGCUGUCUUUCUCAUCCAAGUGUUGCUCCAUUUGUUAGAGUGAGUUAUCACUGAGUCGAUUCCACACACACACGCACAAUUGAUAUUUCUUUUGUUAAUUUUUCAUUUUUUUAUAGUGUCAAUUAGCUUUGUACCUAAGAGUCCUGAAGAAUAAAAAUCUUUCAAAGUUCCA